AUGCUUUCAGUGCCGCGGGGCCGUCGCUCCGUUCCGGCCACCAAGCCAGCGGACUCGGAGCCUGACGCGUUGGUCGCCGCCGGCCACAGCACCGAGGCCUCGACACAGAAAUCACAGACCAACUUCAUGGAUCUGCCAACAGAACUCCAUCUUCUCAUCAGCAAGGAGCUCACCUACCCCGAUGCGCUCUCGCUAAAACAUGCCAGCCGUUAUUUCUACAACCUGGUCGACACUGGCGUCCGACUCAAGGUAGCGUGGCUCAUGGAACGACGGAUGCUCCACCUCGACUGCCCCAACGACCGAAAGUGCAAUCUGCGCACCGACCUCGAGUUCUGCAGGGGCAGCGUAACUCUCCUCAUGCAGAGGCGUCGGGAGCACGUUGAAUGCGAGUCUCGGCCUGGCCUAGGCUGCCUGGUCUAUGCCACUCCCCAGUGCGCAUACCGACGGGACUGGAAGACUGCCUGGAGGCGCUGGAUGAGACGGCAGAUCACAGUCGAGAUCUGGUGGAUUGUGCUGGCGGUGGUCCCGCUGAUCUUGGGCUGGCUCUGGAUGGCUGAGCUCAUGAAAUGGGCAGUGGCUUGA